CUCACUCUCUCUUUUCUCCCUUUAGUUUUCUCUCCCUCCGUCCUGUCGCUGGCUCAGUCACUCAUGGACUAACGUUACGGGCAGGCUAGCGGGCUGACAGAGGAGAGCAGAGGGGACACUGGAUGGAUGGAUAGUUCUCUCACUCACUCAGCCUCAGCUCAGUGACGGGGCACAGGGGGCUCCGGCGGGCCCCUCCUCCCUCCACACAGCCCUCCUGGGCAUCAUGGACACAUUUUUUCGCCGCCAUUUUCGACUGAAAGGGGCAGAGCGAUGCCAGCACCACCGGGCGGGAGUGACAGUGCCCAGCAGCAAGGCUCGUCGGCGCUCCAGCGUCGGCCUGCCCUCUUCUGGCCUCGUGGAGAGACGCAGGUCCAGUGUGGGACUCGCACCAAAUGCUCUGCCCCAGAGAAGGACCUCCAAUGUGGGCCUACCGCCCUCCAGCCUUGCCCAGAGGAGGAGGUCCAGUGUGGGCCUGCCGUCCACCGGUCAUGCCCAGCGCCGCAGGUCCAGCGCCGGCCCCGCCUCCUCAGCCCAGGCCUGUCGGCGGAGGCCCAGUGUGAGGAUGCAGGACAGCGGGGGGGAGGGUGUCCAGGGAGAGGGGUUUUUGCUGAAGACCAGGCACCAGGCUCGCCGGCGCUCCAGCACCACCAUUUCCUGUGUCCACCCCCGCUUCUCUGUGCGGAGACGGCGGGCCGCAAGGCAGAGGACCAUCGACCCCCACCUGCUAGGCCCUUCCAUGCUGCUGGCCAGCCUGGUGCAGAUGAGCCCCGAGGGGGAGUCGGGGGAGGAAGGGGCGGAGACCUCCUACUCUUCCUGCUCCUCUGAGUCUGAGGAGGACAGCGUUUGCGGCGGUGGGGGCGUGGCUAUGGCCAGGGAGGCCGGCGGUUGUAGUGAGAAGAAAGAGCCUGAGGGCCAGGGAUCUCUGUGGUUGGAGUGGGAGGAGCCUAGUGGCCUGGCAGAUGUUCACAUGUCGAGCAUCCAGCCCCGCCCCCUGAUCCGUGCCCCGCGCUGCCUGCGACGUAACUCCUCCCACCUGCUGCCGGCGGAGGCCGUGUAUCGGAGCCGUGCGGCGUGCGGUGUGUAUGGGCGCUACCGCAGAGCCAGCCAGGUGUACAGGCUCUCCCCCGGCCCCAAGACCAGCCCCUGGUCCAGCCCUGGCCUUCAGGGCAGGAGACGGCCCUCCCUGACCUCCCCUUCCCUGUCCUCCCCCAACCUGUACCACUGCCCCCCCUGCGGGAGGGAGGCGGGACGCCGGGACUCCCUGCUGCAGGGAAUCUACUAUGACCCCAGGCUAGACACCUGGACCACCUUCAUCUCGAAGGCCAUCGCCAAGUCUGGGCUGCAGCACCUGUCAGCCACGCCCAGCGCCUCCACGCUGGCCCGGCUUGACCCCGACCGGGAGAUCAGCAGCUGUGUGGACUGGACCGAAAGUGCCGUGUAUGGGGAGCACAUCUGGUUUGAAACCAGCGGCUCUGGAGACUUCUGCUACGUAGGAGAACAGCACUGCGUUGCCAAAACACUGCAAAAGUCUGUCGCAAGGAAGAAAUGUGUGGCCUGUAAGAUAGUGGUGCACACCCUCUGUAUCCAGCAGCUGGAGAAGAUCAACUUCAGGUGCAAGCCCUCCUUUCGGGAGUCAGGCUCCAGGAACCUGAGGGAGCCCAGCAUCGUGCGGCACCACUGGGUCCACCGGCGGCGUCAGGACGGCAAGUGUCGUCAGUGUGGCAAGGGCUUCCAGCAGAAGUUUGCCUUUCACAGUAAAGAGAUUGUGGCCAUCAGCUGUUCCUGGUGCAAACAGGCAUAUCACAACAAGGUGUCAUGCUUCAUGCUGCAACAGAUUGAGGAGGCAUGUUCUCUGGGCGCCCAUGCUGCCGUCAUAGUCCCGCCCACCUGGAUCAUCCACGUUCGCAGGCCACAGACAUCCCUGAAGUCCAGUAAAAAGAAAAAACGAACGUCGUUCAAGCGCAAGUCUAGCAAGAAGGGUGCAGAGGAGGCUAGAUGGAAGCCAUUCAUUGUCAGGCCCAUUCCCUCCCAGCUCAUGAAGCCUCUGCUGGUGUUUGUCAACCCCAAGAGUGGAGGGAAUCAGGGUGCUAAGAUUAUCCAGUCCUUCAUGUGGUACUUGAAUCCUCGUCAGGUGUUUGAUCUCAGCCAGGGCGGACCUAAGGAUGGGUUAGAGCUGUACCGCAAGGUCCACAACCUGAGGAUCCUGGCGUGUGGAGGAGAUGGCACAGUGGGCUGGAUCCUGUCUACUCUGGACCAGCUGCAGCUGAACCCCCAGCCUGCUGUAGCAGUGCUGCCUCUGGGCACUGGGAAUGACCUGGCCCGGACCCUCAACUGGGGAGGGGGCUACACAGACGAGCCUGUGUCGAAGAUCUUGUCCCACGUGGAGGACGGGAACAUGGUGCAGCUGGACCGCUGGAACCUGCAGGUCCAGCCCAACCUGGAGGCUGCUGCUGAGGAGAGGGAUGAGCAGCAGGCAGACAAGCUUCCUCUGGACGUCUUCAACAACUACUUCAGUCUAGGCUUCGAUGCCCACGUCACCCUAGAGUUCCAUGAGUCCAGAGAGGCCAACCCUGAGAAGUUCAAUAGUCGAUUUCGAAACAAGAUGUUCUAUGCUGGAACCGCCUUUUCAGACUUCCUCAUGGGAAGCUCCAAAGACCUAGCCAAACACAUCAAGGUGGUGUGUGAUGGUACAGACCUCACAUCCAAGGUCCAGGAGUUAAAGCUGCAGUGUCUGGUUUUCCUCAACAUCCCCAGGUACUGUGCAGGCACCAUGCCCUGGGGAAACCCCAGUGAUCACCACGACUUUGAACCCCAGCGUCACGAUGACGGCUGCAUCGAGGUCAUCGGAUUCACCAUGACCUCUCUGGCGACCCUCCAGGUCGGGGGUCAUGGGGAGAGGUUGAACCAGUGCCGGGAGGUGACCCUGACCACCUACAAGCCCAUUCCCAUGCAGGUGGACGGGGAGCCCUGUAAGCUGGCGCCCUCCGUCAUCCACAUCAACCUGAGGAACCAGGCCAACAUGCUGCAGAAGAGCAAGAGGAGGACCUCCAUCCCCCUGCUCAACGACCAGCAGCCAAUCCCUGAGAGGUUGAGGAUCCGUGUGAACAGGAUCAGCAUGCACAACUAUGAAGCUCUGAACUACGACAAGGAGAAGCUCCGACAAGCCUCCAUCCCUCUGGGUCUGAUCGUGGUUCCUGGAGACAGUGACCUGGAGACCUGCCGUGCCCACAUCGAGAGACUGCAGGAGGAGGAAGAUGGAGCCAAGCCCAAGACUCUCUCCUCUCAGAAGCUCUCGCCCAAGUGGUGUUUCCUGGACUCCACCACUGCAGACCGCUUCUACAGGAUAGACCGGGCUCAGGAGCACCUCAACUACGUGACAGAGAUCUCCCAGGACGAGCUGUUUAUCCUGGACCCUGAGCUGGUUGUCACGGAGACAGUGAGCACGUCGCCAGGGAUGCCGGACCUGGUGGACUCCUCUUCCUCUGCUGCCGACGCCAGCACCAUGCGCAAGUUUGCCUUCCCAUCAUCCUCUUCUCCUCCCCCGGGUGAGAUGGUGUUAGAAUGUGUGAAGAAAAAGGACCAUCAAAAGCUGCGAGAGUUGCACCAGCGGGGGGGCGACCUCUCUGUCCAGGACCAAUCAGGUUGCACCCUACUGCAUCACGCCGUCUCCACAGGCAGCAAGGACACCGUCAGAUAUCUGUUAGACCACGUCCCUUCAGAUAUCCUGGACAUGGCAGAGAAAGAACACGGGGAGACUGUGCUCCACCGGGCUGCCUCUCUGGGUCAGAGGACCAUCUGUCACUUCCUGGUGGAGGCUGGAGCUUCUCUCAUGAAGACAGACCUGCAGGGUGAUACUCCUAAACACCGAGCAGAGAAGGCCCAGGACUCUGAGCUGGCAGCCUACCUGGAGAACAGGCAGCACUACCAGAUGAUCCAGAGAGAGGAUCAGGAGACAGCGGUCUGACCCGGUGACCCCUGGCCCGGUGACCCCUGGAGCUGUUAGCCUACCUGUGGCUGCAUCAGCCCCCCUUCCCCCCAACCUGUCACCCCUGACCCCAACACCAUGCCCCCUGUGCCAUACCGACAGCAGCCAAUCAACCAGGAGGUUCUGAGGGAACAGAGGCCUCCCCUAUGGGAGAAAGACCCCCUGUGGUGGCAGACUGAUAAAGCUCCACUCUCUGUGACACUCGGACAGCUGACCUGGUCUACGCACUGCCAAGCCUGUCUGUCUGCCUGUGUACCUGUCUGUCUCUCUGUCUGUGUACCUGCCUGUUCCUGUCUGCCUGUCUGUCUGCCUGUCUGUCUGUCUGUCUGCCUGUGUGCCUGCCUGUCUGUCUGGAUCACUGGAUCUCUGUCUCAGAUGACAAGUCCUGCAUCUGUCGUCUAUUUGGUCGUCUAAGCAACCAACCAACAAAUCACCUUGGUGUUCUGAGGUUCACUUCAGUAAUGUGACUGCUUGCUGAUCAACCUGGUUUUCUGACCCCUUGGUGACCUAUGACCCAUAGGGUUCCCUUUGACCCCUGGAGAGUCACUGCCAAGAUGUCUUCUACUGCUACUUGUCUUGUUAUGAAAAUAUGCAGAAAUGUACUGUACUUUGGGAUAGGAGGUGUGUGUGUGUGUGUGUGCGUGUGCGUGCGUUUGUAUGUGUGUGUUCACAAUGCAGUUCCAAUUGCCUUGAUUUUUUUCUCUUAUUGGCUGUUUAAUUUUUGUCGUAGAGUGUAUUUUAGACAUUAUACUAAUUACGUAACUUUUUAAAACUGAUUGAUGUUUAUAAUUUAUAUAUAAUAAUUAUUCUUAACAUGUUUGUGUUUGCUAAUAAUUUCCCAGAGAUGUUUCAUACUUAAUUUGUGUUUGAUUUUUCUCUAUUGCACAUUCAUUCACCGCACACACACACACACGAACACACACAGUUUUGUUCAGCUGACUGUCUAAAGGCACAGCUAAACAACAAAGGAUUUUUUUUCUUUUUUUUUGUGAAAUUGUGGAUUCUAUUUAUUUUUAAUAGUUGUAAUCUUUGUUAAAUAACUAUGACUGUCCAUUUCACACAGAACAUUGAAUUAAACUGUUAUAAAGAAUAAAUGUAAAUGUUAUAAUUUUUGGGUAUAGAAUACAUCUACUCUAAUUGAAGUGGUAUAACUAGUUAGCUAGACAUGCUUAAAAUUAACCAUAGUCAAAAGGGCAACUAUGGUUGGACAAGUCAAAUUGUAUAGACUUUCCUAGUCAGUAAAAUGCCUGUUUCAUGUUAAUGUUGUCACUGUCACCAUGGAGACUUUGGAAACUUCUGACCCCAGUGUGUGUCAGAGCCUUGACGAUCAACUAAAACAUCUCCACCAUCUCACGAAGUCUGCUUAGCUCAGUGCCUUCAACCAGAGCUAACAUUCUACAAUGUACUGGAAUUCUAGAAUAUACUUGCAGUACAGAAUGCACUGCACUGGCACUCUAGAAUAUGAAGGCAUUCUAGAAUGUACUGUCUACAGCCUACAGACACACCUGACUAUAUGAUAGUUUUGAUAUAUUGUCUACCACUACUGUACUGCUACUACUGUUUUCUCUGGUGCCAUAACGUGUGUUAGAUAGGAAACAUAGAGGGAUAAAAUAAGAGAGAAGGAGGAGCAGGGAAGAGGGGGAGUGAUGAAUGGAGGAGUGGAGGGAGGAGUAGUGUACAGAGAGAUUGUGGGUCUGCUGUAACAGAUGUAACCCUGACAUAGAGCCUUCCAGUGUCUCCACCUCCAGAUGAACUAUGACUCCUCAUUGUGGUCCAUCCUCCAGGUUCUCUACAUACAGAGCAUUCUACAUCCAGUUAUUUUCGCAAAUAAUUAUUUCCUUAUGAUUUUCAUCUGACUAUGAAAUAGAAAGUGCUCUAUUGACAGACAGACAGGACCAGUGUGUGUUACUAUAAUUGCAGGAUAUGUGCUUUAUUUUGAGUUGCUGUGCAAUUCAGGGUAGGUUAAUCUAUACAUCCCCUUUUUGAGUAUUACCAUGAUUGUGCAAUAUGCAUUUUUGAUUUUUGAGAAAUAUGUAAUAUUGAUAUUUCUUCUUGUUUUCUAAAACUAUAAAAAAAAUAUAUGGUCCGUACGUGCUGUACUGCUGUGCAAUGUUGGCGAUAUCAACCUGUGUAUUUGCUACUCUGCUGACGUUAUUGUCUGCUUGGACUGAAUAAUAAAUAAUGGUACUUAAACAGA